GCUGGUGUGGCGGCGGGCGCCGUACGGUGACAGCCGACAGCCAGCGGCAGGCGGGGCGGCGAGAAGCGUGGCGAUUCUGAACUCUCCGCUUCUUCACCAUGGGCAGCCGGACGACGGACAGCGCAGGGAGCGAGCAGUCCCUCGAAGAUGGCGUGCCAGAAGCACCCAGCGAGGUGCAGUCAAGAGGGUUUACCAGAGAACAGCUAUGUACAAUGGCUUCAGCAGCUUCUAUAAACUUCAGUUCAAUGAUAUGCUAUUCGAUCCUGGGACCCUUUUUCCCUGCAGAGGCAGAAAAAAAAGGUGCAAGUAACACCAUUGUUGGCAUGAUUUUUGGAUGUUUUGCCUUGGUCAAUUUCUUGUCAUCUUUAAUCUUGGGAAAUUAUAUCACGCAAAUUGGAGCAAAAUUCAUGCUCGUGUCAGGGAUGUUUGUUUCGGGGUGUGUGACCAUCCUGUUUGGAGUGCUGGACAAGGUGCCAAGUGGACCAGUGUUCAUUAGUUUGUGCUUUUUAGUAAGAGCAAUGGAUGCAGUGGGUUUUGCUGCAUCAGUUACAGCAUCGUUUUCAAUCCUUGCAAAGGCAUUUCCCAAUAAUAUAGCUACUGUCCUGGGCAGCCUUGAAAUUUUUUCAGGACUUGGACUAGUGCUGGGCCCACCAUUAGGUGGCUUUUUGUAUCAAUCGUUUGGUUAUGAGAUCCCUUUUAUUACACUGGGAUGUGUAGUGCUGGUUCUGGUGCCUGUCAAUAUGUGCAUAUUACCAAAAUAUGAUUCGAUCCCUCGCAAGGAGUCCUUUUGGAAGCUCAUUCUUCUGCCCAAAGUUGUACUACUCUGUUUUAAUAUAUUUUCUUUAAGUUCAUGCUUAGGCUUUUUGGAUCCCACAAUGUCUCUGUUCAUCCUAAAGACAUUCAAACUCCCAUCUGGUUAUGUGGGCUUGGUAUUCCUCGGUUUAGCACUUUCAUACUCCCUGUCUUCUCCCCUCCUUGGACUCCUAAGUGACAAACGGCCAUACUUAAGAAAGUGGCUGCUGGUGUCUGGAGGCCUAAUAACAGCACUGUGCUUUUUCAUGUUAGGACCCGCUCCUGUACUGCACAUUAAAAGUCAGCUGUGGAUGUUUGUGCUAGUGCUGGUUUUGAUUGGCUUGUCCCUUAUCAUGUGUGCUAUCCCAGCGUUUCCAGAGAUACUGCAAUGUGCAUAUGAGAAUGGGUUUGAAGAAGGUCUGAGUCUGCUGGGACUGACAUCUGGACUUUUCAGUGCCAUGUGGUCGCUCGGGGCAUUUGUAGGUCCCACUCUUGGAGGAUUUCUAAGUGAAAAGCUGGGCUUUGAGUGGGCCUCAGCCAUCCAAGGAGCAUGGCCACUGUUAAGUGGCCUUGCAACUGGAAUAUUCUAUAUCAUUGAGGCAAGAUGGAGAAGCAGUUCCAGUUCCAUCCUGCCAAAUCCUCCUGAUAACAACGAAGAAAGAACUCAGCUGAUGGGCAGUGACACAUAGUCAUACUUUCAAUACUGUUUAUUGUUGUGGUGUAACCUAGUAUGGAGAUGAGUGAACUUAACAGUGUUUCAUUGUUUUGGAGCUGGGAUAUAUGAUCCCUUUGUGAACCAUCAGUUGUGAUUUAGUUGUAACUGCAUUACUCUUUUGAAACACUAAACACUGACUGCCUUUCUUUGGAAAGUCCUAAUGUGGAUUGGCUGAAGGGAUGAGUAACCCUCAGAUGUCAGCCUGGUGUGUUCUAUAUACAGUGCACAACUGUAUAAGAAGAGAUAUAUUUUUGAAUGUCAGAUUUCUAUACUUGAGCCUGCUGUGCAUUAUUCUUGGAUAAAGCCUACUGUUUUGCUGCAGUUAUUUUUCUGUCCUUUUUAAAAAGAGCGUUCAUGAUCAUGUAAUACUUUAACUGGUAACAAAAUGUUGAAACAGAAUUUGAAAUGACAAAGCAUUAAGCACAAUCUUGUUUUCAAUAAAGGAUUUUUUGCUAA